GUGGCACAAGAUACAUGUCAUGAUCCAAUAAGCUCCAAUAGUUCUCCCAUUAAAGUCACCCGCCAUAAACACCACCUUGAAGCAGAUCAAGCUUCAAUAGAAGCAAAGCAUUUCGAUAGAUGUCCUUGGUUUUCUAACCUACCAAAUUUGAGGGUUUCAUUUUCUGGAUCAAGAGAUAUUGAAUGGGGGCUAUUUUGAGUUUGGCUGGUCCCAAAUCUAGGACAAACGAUUAUCAUGAGGUUUCUCAGAAUGAUACCUGUAAGCGGCAAAGAAUGUCAUCAUGUACUUAUGAGGAGAGCAAAAGACUAAUUCCCAACCUUCCUGAUGAGCUCUCAAUCCAAAUUAUUGCUAGACUUCCUAGAAUUUGCUAUCCCCAUAUCAGGCUGGUGUCACAGAAGUGGAAGGAAACUGUUACAAGCUCCGAACUAUUUAAGUUGAGAAAAGAGCUUGGAAAAACAGAAGAAUGGCUGUACUUGUUGACUAAAAUUGAAGAGGAUAAACUCUCGUGGCAUGCUUUUGACCCCCUGUCAAGGAAGUGGCAGAGGUUACCUCGGAUGCCAAACGUAGUUUAUGAACAAGAGUAUACUAGAGGUUUGCCUUGGUUUUCGAUAUGGAAUAUGGUUGGGCCAAGCAUCAAAAUUGCUGAUACUAUUAGGGGCUGGCUUGGGAGAAAGAACUCAUUUGAUCAAAUGCCAUUUUGUGGUUGUGCCAUUGGUGCUCUUGAUGGAUGCCUCUAUGUUCUAGGUGGAUUUUGUAAAACUUCAACUAUGAAAUGUGUGUGGAGAUUUGAUCCAAUUCAAAAUGCAUGGAGCAAAGUGCCAGCCAUGUCCACAAGUAGAGCCUAUGGUAAGACGGGCAUUCUGAAUAACAAGCUCUAUGUCGUUGGAGGGGUUAGUCGAGGCCAAGGUGGAUUGGCUCCUCUUCAAUCUGCUGAAGUUUUUGACCCCUCCACAGGUACGUGGUCCGAAGUACCAAGCAUGCCAUUCUCAAAAGCUCAAGCCUUGCCUACUGCCUUCUUGACUGACAUGCUAAAGCCUAUUGCCACCGGGUUGACUCCAUACAUGGGCAGGUUAUGUGUAUCCCAGAGCCUGUAUUCCUGGCCCUUUUUUGUUGAUGUUGGAGGAGAAAUUUAUGAUCCUGAGACAAAUUCAUGGAUUGAAAUGCCAAAUGGCAUGGGUGACGGUUGGCCUGCUCGGCAAGCUGGUACGAAGUUGAGUGUUGUGGUAGAUGGUGAAUUGUAUGCUUUUGAUCCUUCGAGUUCUUUGGAUAGUGGCAAGAUUAAGGUGUAUGAUCAACAGGAAGAUGCUUGGAAAGUUGUUAUACGGAAAGUCCCCAUGUGUGAUUUGGCUGGUUCAGAAUCUCCAUAUUUACUUGCUGGUUUUCAUGGAAAGCUUCAUGUUAUAACAAAAGAUAUUAAUCAUGAUAUCGCUAUUCUGCGGGCUGAUCUGCGGAACAAUUUGGGUUCACUGUCGUCAAGCUCGUGUUCUGUCGUAGCUGGAUCCUUAUUACAUGAACAUCCCGAGUCACUGGCAGAAUCAGAUACAGUUGUGUGGAAAGCCAUUGGCACUAAGGAUUUUGGGUCAAGUGAUUUGGUCAGUUGUCAAGUUAUUGACAUUUAGUUUAAGGCGACUAUCCCUAGAAAUAUGAUACGAUGCGCUUUCACUAGUUAUUCAGUCUUUGAAGUCUACAAAUUAUGCUUCUUGUAUAGGGAUCUAUUUUCCAUCAUGAUCCUCCAUAACUAUGUAAUUCAUCUUCCAUCAUAGCCUUUACUCUUUGGGUUUCUGGAUUUUGAUAUAUCUGUGUGAUCAUUUGGCAGAUAUGGCAAAUCACUAUGGUGAAUCUGAUGUUGUUAAGUGACUUGCUACGUUUGUCUAUAUAAACUUAAAUUUAUCUUUUUUCCAGGAGGUAGAGAAAAACAGUUUACUAUCCCAUUACAACAUGAGGAAUAAUUUGGUUCUCAACCUUGUCUAAGCUUAUCUGAUUAAGUUUAUCUUUAUGCCUUAAAUUGCAUGGCUGAGUUGGAUUUGGGUGCAGCCCCAAAUAUGAGUUACAUGAUCAAUAUCAAAACUCUAUCAGUAGCUUUGCCACCUAGUGAUGAGCUCUGUCCACCAUUUGUGUAUGUGGUAAUGGGCUUUGGGCCUCAAAGACAGUCUUUUCUUUUCUUCUACUAUCAGGAUCUGUCAAUUGCAU